CCUCACUCUCUCCAUCCUCGCGAUCGAGAAUGUUCUACUCGCACCAGCUCCUCGCGCGGAAGGCUCCACUCGGCCAGAUAUGGAUGGCGGCGACGCUUCACGCGAAGAUCAACCGCAAGCGGCUUGACAAGCUUGACAUUAUCAAAAUCUGUGAGGAGAUUCUGAACCCGUCGGUACCAAUGGCUCUGAGGCUCUCCGGAAUCCUCAUGGGUGGCGUGGUGAUCGUGUACGAGAGGAAGGUGAAGGUUCUGUAUGAUGACGUGUCUCGGCUUCUGAUUGAGAUCAACGAGGCAUGGCGGGUCAAGCCGGUCGCUGACCCCACUGUACUUCCCAAGGGCAAAACCCAAGCCAAGUACGAAGCAGUAACACUGCCAGAGAAUAUGAUGGAUAUGGAUCUAGAGCAGGAGCAGCCCAUGCUUUUCCCAGAAGCUGAUACUACAAGGUUCCGGGGAAUGCGCUUGGAGGAUUUGGAUGAACAAUAUGUUAAUGUCAACCUAGAUGAUGAUGACUUCUCGCGCGCUGAGAAUCAUCACCAAGCUGAUGCAGAAAAUAUCACCCUGGCUGAUAAUUUUGGGUCUGGACUCGGAGACACUGAUGUGUUCAAUCGUUUUGAGAGAUUCGACAUAACAGACGAUGACACCACAGUCAAUAUCACUCCUGAUGGGCACCCACAGGUUCCAAGUACUCUGGUCCCUUCACCGCCUAGGCAGGAAGAGCCUCCUCAGCAACAAGAAAACUAUCAUGCGGCCCCAUCCCCUCUUCAUGAAGAACCUCAACAAGGGGGUUCAUCUCAUGAGCAACUGCAGCAGAAGUUGAAGGGUCAGCAACCAGCUAAAUCAUCAAAGAGGAAAAAGCAUAUGAAAGACCCCCAGGUGAUGAUGGAUAAUGACCAGAUAAUGAUCCCAGGAAAUGUAUAUCAAACAUGGCUCAAGGAUCCAUCAAGUCUCAUUGCCAAAAGGCGCAGAAUCAAUAGUAAAAUUAAUCUUAUUCAGUCAAUCAAGAUAAGCGACCUCAUGAACCUGCCCCCAGUUUCUCUAAUAUCUUCCUUGGACAAGUCGCCCUUGGAAUUUUAUUAUCCUAAGCAGCUUAUGCAGCUUUGGAAGGAAUGUACUGAAGUCAAGUUCCCGAAAACUCCAUCUUCAGGAGGGCAGAAGUCAUCAUCACCAGAACAACAGCAAAGAAACUCGCCUCCUCAGGCAUUUGCACCCCAGGCUCAGGUUGAUAAUGAGAGGGAAAUGGGAUUUCACCCAGUGGACUUUGCAGAUGACAUUGAAAAACUCCGAGGAAACACUAGUGCAGAAUAUGAAAGAGAUUAUGAUACUUUUCAGAGUGAUCAUAGUGCUACUCCUGGAAGUCCUGGGCUAAGUCGCAGGUCUGCUUCAAGCUCUGGUGGCUCUGGACGGGGAUUUAUGCCAUUGGAUCCAGAAGUACAGUUGCCAUCUGGAAGGUCCAAGAGGAGGCAGCAUUCGUCUGGAAAAAGCUUUGGGAACCUUGAUCCAGUUGAAGAAGAAUUUCCACUCGAGCAAGAAGUGAGAGAUUUCAAGAUGAGAAGGCUUUCAGAUAUUGGGCCAACUCCUGACCUUCUGGAGGAAACCGAACCUACUCAAACCCCAUAUGCGAAGAAAUCCAAUCCCAUCGACCAGGUCACACAAUCAAUCCACUCGUACCUCAAGCUGCACUUUGACACCCCAGGGGCCUCACAGUCUGAAUCACUAAGGCAGCUAGCAUAUGGAAUGACUACAGCAAAGGCUGCCCGGCUCUUCUAUCAAGCAUGUGUUUUAGCAACUCUUGAUUUUAUCAAGGUUAAGCAGCUGGAACCAUACGGAGACAUCUUGAUCUCGAGAGGACCAAAGAUGUGAAAUGUUUUUGCAUAUAAAGAAGAUGCCAUCCUUAAUGUUAAUAUUUGGAUAACUUUCGGCCUGUUGUGGUUCUUGCACAUCUCGUGUUAUAUAUGGUGUUUAAGUUCGUUCAGGAAGUAUAGAAGAUGGAAGACUAGUAGGCUUGUAGGUAGGUUGUAUUGGGUCGGCUUAGACACUUUUGCGUAUGUAAUUUUGUAAGCUAUGCUGACUUGCUUGGCUUGAUAGCUGUUGUAGGGUUAAAACUAGUAAAUGGUAUCCUUCAGGGUAUGGUCUAUAUAUUUAAGAGGAAAUAGCUGGCUUUAACUCUUAUACUUUGUUGUUCGAUGCUUCUCACUUGAAUACUCUGCCAUCUUUUAACAUAUAAUUUACUUGGUU